AUGAGGCGUCAACAAGGUGGUGGUGGGGUUAUGAUUUGGGGCGGAAUCAUUGGAAAUGCUAUCAUUGGUCCCUUCCGCGUUCCUGAAGGUCUAAAGUUGUCCUCAGCCACGUAUUGCCAGUUCCUGAAAAAUUCCCUUGAGCCAUGGUUGGAUAACCUUCCUUUGGCAACAUUGAAGAAUAUUAUCUUUAUGCAUGAUAAUUUAUAA